AUGGCAACAAACCCGCCGCCAAUCCCACAGCUCUCCGAUGCGAUACUGCAGCACUUGAAACGGGAGUUUUCGAAGCAAGACAGUCCACCGGCCAACGGCUUCAACGAUUUCCUCGCCCACCUCACCAGUGCCGAAUCAUCAUCCGCUUCACCUAUAGAAGUCGACACAAGCCUUCCGCUCUCCCAGUACUUUAUCUCCACCAGCCACAAUUCCUACCUGUCGGGAAAUCAGCUUUGGAGCCGGGCGAGCACCGAUGCUUAUCGGGAGAUCCUGCUGCGGCGAUGUCGGUGUAUUGAGAUUGAUGUGUGGGAUGGGGAGGAGUCGUCGCCUGCCCAGUCAGAAGAUGAAGGCAGCGAGGUCGGAAAGUUGGAGCGUGCUAUGAAGAAGGGGUUGGGGAGGUUCCGCUCGAGCUCAUCAGGUACGAAGGGCGCGGAGGGAGCUGACGAUCGAGAGUCUGGAGCGCACGGCGACGAAGUCGAUAAGAUUAAAGGCUUUGUCAGGAAAGGACUGACGCAUUUCCGCUCUGGAUCAAGUGGCCAACCUGAAGGCAAGAAGAAACCUACCGAGGACGCUCGAGUACAAGACGAAGAUCGACGUACUCAGUCUGCAGAACAGAUCGAGCCUCGUGUCCUACAUGGCCAUACGGCAACACGAGAGAUCCCCUUUCGCAGCGUGUGCGAAGUCAUCCGCGACUGUGCUUUCCGCACCACCAACCUACCGCUUAUUGUCAGUCUCGAAGUCCAUUGCAGCUCGGCCCAACAAGAAGUUAUGAUCGAACUCAUGACCGAGUACUGGAAACAGUAUCUAGUCCCACUGCCCGAUGAUGUAUCCGACCAAAUUCCACUACCAUCCUUGGAGAGCUUGAAGAACCGGAUUCUAAUCAAAGUGAAAUACACUCCACCGGAGAAGGCCAAACACAAAGCGAGAGAGACCAGCGCCAGCGAAGUCGAUUCGUCAGAUGACGAAGAGCAACAGGAGCCCGUCAAGAAGGGCAAGAUCAUCGAAGCACUGAGUGCGAUGGGCAUCUACACCCGCUCCUAUCAUUUCAGCAAGUUCACACAACCCGAAGCGCGCAUCCCAACGCACAUCUUCUCGAUGUCAGAGCGGAAGCUGUUGGCUUUACAGCAGGAGGGCUCUGGGGAUCUAUUCAAGCACAACUUGGAAUACAUGGUCCGAGCGUAUCCGAAAGGCCUGAGAGUGCUGUCUUCCAAUCUCGACCCUGCGCCUGUCUGGAGGCAGGGCGUGCAGAUGGUCGCGCUCAAUUGGCAGAGAGCCAAUGCUGCCAUGAUGCUUAAUGAGGCUUUGUUUGAGGGGACAGGUGGCUGGGUUGCGAAGCCGGAGGGGUAUCGGAAGGUGCUGACGGGGCAGCAGCUGGAGGUGAGGCGACGCUCUUUCGACCUUCACAUGCGAAUAUUGGCGGCGCAAGACUUGGACAAAGAGGCGGGGGAUGCGCCGCGGGCCUUCGUCAAGGUGGAGCUUCACGUGGGAAAUGAACGAGCUGAACCGCUGUCCCACGACGACGUGAAGAACAAAGGCGGAGACGUGAAACGUUCGACGGCCGUGCACCACAGCAAGCAUCCCGAUUUCGAGAGCGAAGUCUUGCAGUUUCCCGGUAUCAAGGAUGUUGUUGAGCAGCUGAGCUUCAUUCGCAUCAAGGUCUGUGACGACGACAGGUUCUCCAAAGAUCGCCUCCUCGGGUGGACGUGUUUCAGACUGGAUCGCUUUCCGACUGGGCUGAAAUUACUUCCCCUGCGGGACCAGGAUGCGAGGCCGAAUGGUGCAGUACUACUCGUGGACAGUCAGCUGCGGUGGACAGGGCCCGCCCUCGAUCCUCGCAUUUGGAACGGUCCCAUCCGCAGCAGGCCUGUCCCUGGCAGACGCUGCCCGACAUGCUUGAACAACGGGAAUACCGUUUGGGUCAUUCCCAAGAAGAAGUGCCCCGUGUGCGGGACGGUGGUCAACUGA